CUCACUUCUAGAUAUCCACAUGUCACUGCUACUUACUCGUUCUAGAACGCGCCUCGGGCUGCAAGCCAGCAAGCACUGCUUGGGCCGAACAAAAUCAACCGCUGCGCUUAACGCAUUCGUUUCCCAUGCUAAUGCGUCGGCUAGCAGCCAUGGUCCGCUAAGCGGAUGGAGUGUGGGUGUCAAGCUCAAUAUCGCAACCACAGAGGGCCCCACCACAUGCGCAUCAGGGGCGCUGUCGACAUACAAGUCCCCAUAUACAGCCACUGCAGUGUCGCUGCUGGAGUCAGCCGGGGCCACGGUUGCCGGAAAAACAAACAUGGACGAGUUUGGCAUGGGCUCCAAGACCAUUUUCAGCAUCCACGGGCCGACCGUCAACCCUGCCGCUGCCUCUGAUGACCCAGGGCCCCGGGCGGCCGGUGGCAGUAGUGGCGGCAGUGCUGCAGCAGUCGCCGCUGGCCAGUGCCGUAUUGCGCUGGGAUCGGACACCGGCGGGUCGGUCCGGCUGCCGGCUGCCUGGUGCGGCGUGGUCGGCUUCAAGCCCACGUACGGGCGCAUUUCGCGCCACGGGCUGGUUGCAUAUGGCAGUUCGCUGGACACUGUUGGCGUGUUGGGACGGACUGUUGACGACGUCCGGGCUGCAUUCCAGGCCGUGUCAGUGUCCGAUGCCCGAGACAUGACCUGCAUGACCCAGCAGGUGCGCAGCCGGAUUGACCGACUCGUUGCACAGGCCCGCCCACCCGCCAGCAGCGUCAACAAGCCAUUGUCGGGAAUCUGCAUCGGCAUUCCAGCCGAGUACUGGGUUGACGAGCUGUCCGAUACCACCGUGGAUGCAUGGCGUUCUGGCGCCGACCGGCUCGCAUCUCUGGGCGCCGACAUCGUCAGUGUCUCACUGCCGCACACCAAAAGCGCCCUGCCCGUCUACUACACGAUUGCGCUGGCCGAGGCAUCCUCCAACCUUGCGCGGUACGACGGAAUCCGCUACGGCCGGAGGUCUUCUGAGCAGCCGCCGAACGAGGCCACCAAUGCAUCGCAGAAAUACGCUAAUACGCGCUCCGAGGGGUUCGGCGACGAGGUGCAGCGGCGGAUUCUGCUUGGCACGUACGUGAUGACGUCGGCUGCCUGUCAGCAGUUCUACGCACCAGCGCAGAAGCUCCGCCGGCUGAUUCAGCAGGACUUUGACGCGGCUUUUGCCCUGCCGAACGCCAUGCACUCAGGCAAUCGCUCCAGGGGCGAAGGCGUCGAUGCGCUUUUGUUCCCGACCGCCAUUGGCCCGGCGCCGAAGCUGGAUGGGAGCAGCGAGGAAAGCCGCGUUGAGGCGUAUGUCAACGAUGUCAUGACGGUCCCAGCCAGCCUGGCGGGAAUUCCGGCGGUCUCGGUCCCCGCGGGCGUAUCCAAAAACGGGCUCCCGGUCGGGCUGCAGCUGGUGGCACAAUACGGCGAUGACGAAUUCCUGCUCGAGACUGCGAGCAGACUCUGCAGCUAAUUAUCUUGCGACUCAAAAUCACAUUUGAUUACUUUGCCGUUCUUGUUUUAGAAGAAAAAUCUCACUUCCCG